AUGGCGGCCAUGGCGGGAGCGGAGGGGGCGACGCCGGCCGCUUCCACAGCGGCGGCGCCGGCGGAGGACCCCGAGCCUUCAGCGCUUGCUCCCGCUCCCGCCGCCUCGGCUUCGGACCCCUCGAGCGCGGCCCGCCCGGCUCGCCUGCCGCUGGCACGGGUGAAGGCGCUGGUCAAGGCGGACCCUGACGUCACUCUGGCCAGCCAAGAAGCCGUUUUCAUCUUGGCGCGCGCCGCGGAGUUGUUCGUGGAAACCAUCGCAAAAGAUGCCUACAUCUAUGCCCAGCAAGGAAAAAGGAAAACCCUACAGAGGAAAGAUCUAGACAAUGCCAUUGAAGCAAUAGAUGAAUUUGCCUUUCUGGAAGGUACCCUGGACUGAAGAGAACAAAGAGGAAUCUCUGGAAGGAGAAAGAUCC